ACGGACCGGGACAGAACGGGCCGGGACCGCGAGGGGCGAUGGCUCAGGACAGACAGGAGCCUCCGGCCAAGCGGUUCAAGGCGGCGCCCCCCGGCACGCAGCCCCAGAGCGCCGCGCCGCCCGCACACGUGCAGCGGCGCUCCCUGCCCAUCUCCGGGGCCCGCGGGCCGCUGCUGGCCCGGCUCCGCCGCCUCGACACCGCCGUGCUCAUCGGAGAAACAGGCUCGGGGAAGACCACCCAGCUGCCUCAGUUCCUGUACGAGGCGGGGAUUGGCCAGCCCGGUGUCAUCGCUGUGACCCAGCCCCGCAGGGUGGCAGCUGUCACCCUGGCUGCCAGGGUUGCUGAGGAGAAGAGGACAGAGCUGGGCAAGCUGGUUGGCUACACGGUGCGCUUCGACGACUGCUCGUGCGCGCAGACGCGGCUGCGGUUCCUGACGGACGGGAUGCUGCUGCGCGAGGCCAUCGGGGACCCCCUGCUGCACAAGUACAGCGUGGCCAUCCUGGACGAGGCCCACGAGAGGACCAUCCACACUGAUGUGCUCUUCGGGGUGGUCAAAGCCGCUCAGAAGAAGCGAAAGGAGCGGGGGCUGCGGCCACUGAAAGUGAUUGUCAUGUCAGCCACCAUGGAUGUUGACCUGUUCUCCCAGUACUUCAAUGGAGCUCCUGUCAUCUAUCUGGAGGGCCGGCAGCAUCCCAUCGACAUCUUCUACACCAAGGAGAGGCAGAGUGACUACCUGCAGGCAGCACUGGUGUCCAUCUUCCAGAUCCACCAGGAAGCCCCUGCAUGCCAGGACAUCCUGGUGUUCCUGACUGGUCAGGAAGAAAUUGAAGCAAUGACCAAAACCUGCCGAGAUGUUGCCCAGCACCUCCCUGAGGGCUGCCCACGGAUGACAGUGCUGCCCCUUUAUGCUUCUCUGCCCCACUCCCAACAGCUCCGUGCCUUCAAACCCACCCCUGAGGGCUGUCGCAAAGUGAUCCUCUCCACCAACAUCGCAGAGACCUCCAUCACCAUUGCUGGCAUAAAAUUCGUUGUGGACACAGGCAUGGUCAAAGCCAAGAAGUACAGCCCUGACACUGGCCUGGAGGUGCUGGCAGUGCAGCAGGUGUCCAAGGCCCAGGCUUGGCAGCGCACGGGCAGAGCAGGCAGGCAGCAGAGCGGGGUCUGCUACCGGCUCUACACGGAGGAGGACUUUGAGAAGUUUGAGGAGAUGACAACACCUGAGAUACAGAGGUGUAACCUGGCCAGUGUGGUGCUUCAGCUCCUGGCCCUGAAAAUUCCCAAUGUGCUCACCUUUGACUUCAUGUCCAAACCAUCUCCUGAUGCCAUUCAAGCAGCAAUUGAUCAGCUGGACCUGCUGGGAGCUGUGACCCAAAAGGAAGGUCAGCUUGUCCUGACCCCCUUGGGAAAGAAAAUGGCAGCCUUUCCACUGGAUCCAAAGUUCUCCAAGGCCAUCCUCAUGUCCCCUCAGUUCCACUGUGCAGAGGAGAUCCUGACCAUUGUGUCACUGUUGUCAGUGGACAGUGUCCUCCACAACCCCCCUGCCCAGAGGGAUGAGGUGCAGGCUGUCAGGAAGAAGUUCAUCUCCAGUGAGGGGGAUCAUCUCACCCUGCUCAACGUGUACAGGGCCUACAAGAGCGUCAACGGGCACAAGGGAUGGUGCAGAGAGAACUUUAUCAAUGGCAGGAACAUGAAGCUGAUGGCAGAAGUCAGAGCUCAGCUCAGGGACAUCUGUGUGAAGCUGUCGCUGCCGCUGGAGUCGUGCCGCGGGGACGCGGCGGCCGUGCGGCGCUGCCUGGCCCACAGCCUGUUCAUGAACACGGCCCAGCUGCUCCCGGACGGCUCCUACAGCACCGUGGGCUCCCAGCAGGCCGUGGCCAUCCACCCCUCCUCGGUGCUGUUCCAGUGCAAGCCCGCCUGCGUGGUGUUCACCGGGCUGCUGCGCACCAGCCGCUGCUACAUGCGCGACCUGUGCCCCGUGGACGCCGAGUGGCUGCUGGAGGCCGCGCCCGAAUUCUUCCACAGGAAGCUCCGGGCAGCCAAGAGCUGACCUGGCACCAGCUGGCUUUGGUUCUCCUUGAAAGACUUUGUGAAAAGCAUUGGGAUAAUACUAAUAUAGCCAGAUGGGAUGUGGCUGAGCUUGGCUGGCCCUCGCUGCUGAACCAAAUAGUGGCACUGUGGUGUUUCACCCCACAGACACUUUGGGCUGGCUGGGUGUGUGGUGUUUCACCCCAGAGACACUUUGGGCUGGCUGGGUGUGUGGUGUUCACCCCACAGACACUUUGGGCUGGCUGGGUGUGUGGUGUUUCACCCCACAGACACUUUGGGCUGGCUGGGUGCUGCAGCUGGGCCCGUGGGGACAAGUCCAGGCCUGCAGGAGCUCUGGUGGUGCUGGGAUGGAGCUUCCCCCCAUAACAGGGGCUGCUCCUCAGGUUUCCCUCUGUGGAGAAUCUUUAAGGGGAUGGUGAAGGAAAGGAGCUGGUUCUGAUGGAGGGUUUGGAUCCAGAGCUUUAUUCUGGCCCUCAGGCCUCUGAAUGCAGCACCAGCUCCAACAGAACUCCCUGAGCCCGUGGUUGCUGCUCCUUUAACCCUGGGGAGAGGGCAGGGAAGGGGCAGGGAGCCACCAAGCAGGGACAGGAGGGAAGGGACAAAGGACACCUGGAUGGCCCAGUGCCCCCCAGGGGUAGAGGGCAUCCUUUGGAUCUGCCAAUCACUCAGUGCCCUUCUGGAAUGCCAGGACUGACAGACAGUGCUGGGCAGGGGUCAGGGAGGGAAAGGAGAGGUGAUUGAUACACCUGGGACAGAAUUAUCAGGGGAUGGACCCGAGGUUCUGAGUUAAACUCUGAAAUCACAAUGCAAGAGAAAAGUGCAUAUUAUAUAGCUCUAUGCAGAUAUUUACUAUAUGUAUUUUGUUGUGUUGAUUAGUAGUGCUGUAUUAAUGUUUUAAUAGUAUGGUAAAUGUAGUUUUGUAGUUGAAAGGUAACUUUUGUAGUUAAAAUAGUAACUAUGUGUGUGGGAUGUUUUUUAAGAGAGGAAUGAGGUACUCGCACUGAGAUAGCAGCCACAGGACACCUGAAUGUUUCAGAGAAAGAGAAUUUAGUGCUCCAUUAUCAGGAGAAACGAACUUCUUCCUGCCUUGCUCAGCCCUGAAGACGCCAUCAGGAUUCAGAGGAAGAAGCUGACACUGACCAGACAGAAUCCUGUGUUUGAAUGGAAUUUAUGCAUCAUGUAUGAAGUGUACGAAUAUUCAAGAGCUGUUGCUUUUAAGGGUUAAUCCUCUGUUAAUGUGGAUCCUUUUUUGGGCUUAUGCUGCCCAGAAAAAGGUACCCAGACAUCCAUAACUCUUUGUUUCUGUUGUCUCAUAUUGUCCUAAUCCAAAUUGUCCAAAUUACUAUUAGUCUAAUUAUAUUUCUAUUUUUAUAACAAUUUUAUUACUAUUAAACUUUUAAAAUUUUAAAAACAAGUGAUUGGUGUUUUUCACAACUUAUAUAUUCAUUAAAGUUUAAAAAAAUAACUAUGUUUUCUGUAACCUUAAGGAAGGGGAUGGGUAUUUAUUUAGAUUGGAUUUAUAUGGUUUUUUCCAGAAUAAAGAAGUGAUUAUGAAAAUUUGAA